AUAAGGGUGAGAAAAGUAAUGCAAAUUUUGAUGUAACUAAAUUCUGUUGCUUAAAUGUUGAGUCAUUUGACCAACAGUACUAAUAAGCUGGAAUGCUUGUUCUAUUGUUCAAACGACUAAAUAUAUAUUUAUAUAGAAAAUUGAUAAUAUUAACAAACUAGCUAAUCUGUUUUAAGAUUUUUAGUACACUUUGGUCUGCUUCUUUUUUCAAGCUCAUAAUCAAAGAGGGACUUUAUAAAAGAUUUAUUACACAAAUACCAAAUCUUUAGAUACAGAUAAUGGCUGUUCCAAAUGACAUGAAAAGUAUCAUGGACAUUUUUCAAAAACUUGAAAAAAUUGGAGAAGGGACAUAUGGUGUUGUAUACAAAGCAAAAAAUAAACAAACUGGAAAAGUAAUCGCCCUGAAAAAAAUACGCCUUGAUACAGAUACAGAAGGAGUACCUAGUACUGCUAUUAGAGAAAUUGCAUUACUACGAGAGCUAACUCAUCCAAAUAUUGUUCAACUUCUUGAUGUUAUUCAAAGUCAAGCAAGACUCUUCCUAGUUUUUGAAUAUUUGAACCAGGACUUAAAAAAGUAUAUGGAUAUAGCACCAAAAGAAGGCAUCAAAAUGAAUCAAAUUAAGAGUUAUACACAUCAACUUUUAAAUGGAAUUGCAUACUGCCAUGCACAUAGGGUGUUGCAUCGUGAUUUAAAACCUCAAAAUCUACUGAUAGAUACAGAAGGUAAAAUAAAGCUUGCUGACUUUGGUUUAGCUCGCGCUUUUGGUCUACCUAUGCGUUCAUAUACACAUGAAGUUGUAACAUUAUGGUACAGAGCUCCAGAGAUUCUGUUAGGUACAAAGAUGUAUUCUACUGCUGUUGAUAUCUGGAGCAUAGGCUGUAUAUUUGUUGAAAUGAUGACAAGAAAAGCACUUUUUCCUGGUGACUCUGAAAUUGAUCAACUUUUUAAAGUAUUUAGAGUAUUAGGAACCCCAAAUGAGAAAGUUUGGCCAGGGGUUACAGAUUUAAAGGAGUUUAAAUCAGAUUUUCCAAAAUGGCGUCCGCAACCUUUUCAAACAUUUCUUCCUAUGCUUGAUGAAAAUGGAAUUGAUUUGUUAGAAAAAAUGCUCUUAUAUUCUCCCGCUUCUCGCAUUUCUGCUAAAAACGCUAUGAAUCAUCCUUAUUUUGACGACCUAAAUCACAAUAUGUGAAGGAGUUACGCCCCUCUUCUAUUGCUAACGCAGAAAAGUGCAACUAAUGCAACCAAACGAUUUUCCCGCUUUUUAUCGAAUACGUUUCAAGUUUUUGGAAUUAAAAUAAAUUAUUUUGUCGAGUAUAUUUUUGUGUUUGUUUGUAUAUACUGUACAUAAAGAAAUCUUCUUAUAUUAUUUAUCUGUAUAUUUUAAAACACGAAGUUUUAAGAAAGGGAUUUUUCAAAUACUUAUUUGUAAUUUUCGCUUAUCUGCUUUUUUUGGUAUAAAAGUUAUAGUAUAUUUCAAAUUUAGAUGAAUUAUUUCAAUGUACUUGUAAUCGAAGUUUUUAGUUCGAGUUAAAAUAAUAAUACAAAAUUUAUUCCUGA